AUCAACAAACAAAAAACAUGAAAGACGCUAGUCGGCUCGUUGCACCCCUCGGUGGGAAAUUUCAGUUUAAGAGAAACCCAGACGGAACCAUAGACCGACAAAAAGUAAUUUGCAUAUACUGCAGAAAGGAGUUUUCUUUUCAUCGAAGCAAUUCCAGCUUGAAAUAUCACAUUAACGCUAAGCACAGAUCUGUCUCGGAUUCUGAUAGCACUUCAGCUAACGCGUCGCCCUCCGUUCCACAAACCACCUUCAUGGAACAUCAGCACCCCAAUCCAACCAAAGUUGAGCUAAAUGACGAUGGAAACAACGCAACAUUAGAAAAAUACAUCAAAGAGGAAGAAGGAGAAGAAGAAGAAGGAGAAGAAGAAAGCCCUACUGAGCCCGAGGCCCACCCGGAGGCCCCCACCACAACCGAAGAAUUAAAUUCAAAUUCAGUCGGAGAUAUAACAAUGAGGUGGCUCCACAAAAGAAAGUUAGAGCUCGACAUUGAACACAAAAAACUACAAAUUAAAAUAGCAAAGGUGGAGCUGGAGAAACUGGAACUUGAAAAGAUGGUAAUUCAACGAUUUAGUCUUAUUUAUUUUCAUGCAUGGUGAAACAAUUAGUAGGUCAAAUUCAAGCACUUUUCACAUCUUAAACACAAGAUUAAAAUUCAAUAGUUGCACCUGAAUGAAACUAAACUGUGUACU